CCCGUGCCCGUGCCCGUAGUCGUACCCGAUCCCGUAUCCGUGUUCGCGUCGCGGUUUGUUGAGCUGGCAGCCAAAAAUGUCAGUUUAGCUGCCCUAUUAUCUCCAUACACAUAUCCGGGGCUUUUCUGCAUUCUCCGUGCCGUGUCGGUGUAUCCGCGGGACAUGUCGCUAAACAAAAUGCAGCCGCUCCUCGACAGCAUCGCUGGCCAUGCAUAUUAAUUCCAAGAACUCCAAUCACUCCAAUCACACGAGAUGAAUUAUUAAAAACAAAUCACAAACACACACUACAAAAAAGUGUUUAAAUUAAAGGAAACAUUUAACUAAAGUAAUAACUCUAACGAUACAUAUCAAAUCUAGUCUGAUUUUAUUUUACUAAUAAAUAUAAGAAAUAAAUCAAUUUAUUUCAUAAUCAAUUUUAUUCAUAACAAAGUGCUAAAUUUAUUAAGAAAGCAAAGGAAUCUUCAAGUGAAAAUAUAAUAGAAUUUUAUCAAAAACCAGAAAUAUUUUAAAUAAAAAGUAUCCAUCAAAAAGUAUUUCGUUUAUUAAAUUGAGUGUCUCUAGUCACAGUCACUGUAAUUGAACGGAAAUACAAAUCACGCGAGUUUUCCUCUCUAAAUAAAGAACACACACAUACUCGUGCAUACAUAUAUAAAUUUACGUUUACCUAUGGAGAAAAGUGUGCCCGAGAGUGAGUCCGGAGUUCCGUGCGAGUCGCGGCAAAUCGCUUUGUCAUGUAAUGUCUUUAUGCCUCUCGGCGGAUCAAGUGCUUAAGCGAUAAGCGAAAGCAGCUGCUCGGCUCCGCGUCGUUCUGCUCUGGAUUUUAUAUGCAUAAGUGAAAGCACGCAUGGCUAUGCCCCUGCAAUAAGGUGAAGGGAGCCAGGAGGACCAAGACAAGGCCUAAGAAUUCUAUCGCGCCACACACGACAACGGAUUAGCUGCAACGUAAAAAGCGCUCCAAACACAAAUAGAAGGAAACAAAAGUAGCAGAACAAAGGCAUAGUGAAGCCCAGCAGGAAGCUGGGAUUUGGACCCCAUCGCAUCCAUCCUGCCGAGCAUGUGGCGCCUGGCGACGGCUCCUGGUAUGACGUCAACUGUGUGUGAAUGGGCCAGCAAUUAAGCUGUUAACGAUGCACGCGCUCUCUCAAGCCCCAAAGCAACAGACUGACAGACAGGGCCCCCGAUACGGCGACCGGUAACGCGUCCAGGACCACCCAGAUAGAUAUACAGAUAGAGACAUUUACGAGCAUAAGCGAACCCAUGAAGAAUGCAUGCAGCUCCGCUGCGUCCAAUGCCGCUGAUUAAUUCCAAUUAAACAGUCGACAUCCUCUUGUAUCUGGAUUUCAUUUGUGCUCCAACCGAUGACAACAUGCUGAAACCGUUGGCCGUGAUUAUUGGCAUUUUUUAUUUAGGUUCCACCAUCAAAGGUGUUGUGGCCAUUUUGAACUGCAUCCUGGCACGUCAACUGUGCUUCGAAGAUCCCUCAUGUUCCGCCAUUCUGGAAAUUAUACCCCGUGUUUGCGGGCCCAUUCCAGUGUCCUGCAGCACGGUGACGGUGACCAAGUGCCAGGCCGCACUGCGUACCCUCCAGGCCUUUCAAUUCUUUCGACCCACUUGCCUGUGCAAGGAGCCCGGCAUGGAUCCCGAUUGCAAUCACUUUCGGGACUUUCUCUUCGAUCAUCCAUGCGGAUUCGUCCUGAAGAAAGCCGAAAAGGAUCCCUAUCCAAUUGAUGCCUUGCCCACGUGCAACCACGCACUGUCCGUGUGCCAGCAGGAGCGCAAAUGCCUGAAGCUCUUCGAGGACUUCAAAACCCAUUGCAAAGUGCGUGAUAAUAAAUGCAAAAUGGAAAACAGGGAUGCCUGCCACGAUUCCUGGACUAAUCUCCGUCUCUCGCCCAUGUUCGGGUGCAUCUGUCCGAACAACCAUAUGAAAAAGCGCUGUGAUCGUAUCUUUAAUAUUGUUAAUCACAAUCCGUGUGUGGAUAGAAUAAUAUUUUUCCCCAACGGUCUGCCCAAAAUGAAGCAUCCGAAACCGAAAGCGAAACCGAAACCGAAGCCGAAACCGAGGCCCAAACCGAAGCAGAAACAUCCGCAUAGCCUCAAUGGCACCACCGAGCUCAUGUCCAACAACAUAGAGUACCACGACGAGCCCAACAAUGAAGCACGAGAGGAUUCCGAGGACGGGAACCAGGAGGAGAACGAGACGGAUGAUGAGAACGGGGAUGCCGAUGGCAAUGGCGAUGGGGACGGCGAUGAGGAGGAUACUGACGAUGAUGAUUAUGAUGACCGCAUACGGGCUGAAAUUUAUUCAAAUUAUCCACACUAUCUGCAUCCACCGUCGUGGGGGAUCAACAAUCCGCUGGUGCUGGCCUCACACAGUCCGCACACCCUGGACGAUGACGAUGUCGUCGUCGAGGUGGCCACAACGAACCACCACAAGAAGCCCACCCACUCCCAUAUGGAUGACUUGGAACGCAGCUCAGUCGAUGACGUUGUGGUGGUGGUCGAUGCCGGUCCGCACUCGCAUUCCCAUCCACAUCCUCACACCUACUAUACGCAUGGGGAGCAGUCGGGCACUUCGACCAUUGGAUCGGCAGGGCCAGUGCCAACGAUUCCCAGCCCACCUAACACUGGCACAAAACUGCACAAAACAGCACUUCUCGGUGAUUUAGUCGCCGGCAGCGAUAUAACCCACCGCACCUACACGGGCCCCUCCAUGGACGAGCGAGGUGGUCAGGAUUUGGAAGUUGACCUCUCAACGGAAAUAAUCAAGCAACACUUUCAGAGUACCUGUCACACAGCAUUGGAUACCUGCCGGGAAGAUCCGUCCUGCUCGUCAUCCCUGCAGCCAAUGCUGAUGCAUUGUGAACUGCAUCGGUGCAAUCGCAAUGCGUGCAUGACAUCACUGCAGGCCUUCUACAAGGGUCCGCACGAGGACCUAAAUCUGGACAUUGCCUUUUGUCUAUGCAAAAAAACCAGCAGCAUGCAACAGAACAGCAAUCGGCACGACAUGUGCAUGAUUGCACAGGAAAAACUGCAUCCCGUGUGUGCACAGCGGCCGCCUGAUAACAGUAAUCCAGCCAGCUCCAAUGGCAUUUACUACCAUCCACCGCCCGCCUGUCAUGUAGUGGCCGAAAGCUGCAAGGAGGAUCGCGAGUGCAGGCUCAAGCUAGAGUACUACGAGCAGGCCUGCGCCGUGGACAGCGUCACUAAGAAGUGUGCCGGCCGACCCAGCGGCUGUCGAACCGCAAUGAUUGGCAUCCUGGGCACUAUGCUGCGCACCACCUGUGCCUGCCAGGGUACAGAUCCACAGCAUCUGUACCAGUGCGUCGGCUGGCGGCGUCUGUUGUGGAUGAAUCCUUGUGUGGUUGAAGCCCAAAAGGAUUUCCAUAUGAAGCGACUGGCUGAGCUGGGUUUCCUUACCACCACCACAACAACGACGACGACCACGACAACAACAACAACGACUACAACCCAGAAACCGCCACCCCCACCGCCACCACCGACCAGCACAACAACGACGACGACGACCAGCCUGCAGCCGAAGCAAACGGCCCGGAAGCCGGCCACGCACAUCUUCAAGGACUUCAAUGCGCAGCCAAAAGAGAAAUCAGAGCCAGCAUCGGUAGAACACAAUUAUCUCGAUCCGCCCGAUUCGAUACCGUUACCCAGCGUAAACGUCGAGAGCGGCGGAAAUGGCGGAAAUGACGAUUAUCACAACGGCAAUGCCAAUGGACACGGAAAUGGAAAUGGCAAUGGCAAUGGCCACAGCAACGGCAACAGCAACAGCAACGGCAGUGGCAAUGGCAAUGGGAAUGGCAGUCGACGUAAAAAUGGCGGCAAGGGUCGUGGCAGUGCUGGCAGUGUAGAUUUCGAUGAUCCAGUAAUUUUCGUUGACCCAAGGGAAACAACAGAGUUUGUGGGCAUCAGCAUCACAGAGCCGGUGACCACAACCACAACAAUGGCAACCACAACAACAACGCAGCCGCCAAGAAACUGCGUGGUUCAGCGUCCUUACCAAUCGGAUCAGCUAAUUCGAGAAGGCAGCAGCAAACGGAUCUACUCUUUGGACGACGCCGAGUGCAGCGAGCUGUGCAGCUGCGGGGAGUCCCUCACCCUGACCUGCCACGCCCUCUGCGUGCCAUUCGCCCCCUGUCGCACCGCCCUGGCGUUCUACAGCCACGCAUCGCCCGCCUACCAAGCGUUCCGCGGUCGCUGCCUCUGCUACUCGGGUCGCUUCAUCUGCAUGAAGCCGCCGCUCGGGGAGUACAUCCUGCCAGGUGGCGUCUUCUUGCUGCUGGGCUACAGUGCCGCGGAUGAGGCACUGCUCCGACCACACACCAAUUUGGGGGUGCAGGAUGCCGUGCGUGCCCUGCAGCAGUACGUUACCACAUACAUCGAUAAUCAGACCCAGUGUACGCUGACACUCUUCAAUAUGACCGAGGAGAACAUCAUCAUUGCUGCACGCCUGCCGCACGAUGGCAAACUCAAAGAUAUUGAGCUGCUGCGCAAAGAGAAGGACGAGUGCACCGCGAUUCUGAAGACCAUCAGUCAUCAAAUCAAUACUGAGCACAAUGAGCUACAAUCCCACCGACUGCUGAGCAUUUUCAAAAUGUCCGAAGUCGAGGUCAUUUGGCCAGAGAGCACGAGUGCUGCCCAGAGUGGGCAUGGGCAGGCGAGUGGCUGCCACCGGCUGCUCCACCUGGCACUGCUCACGCUGGCCUAUCUCUCCACGACAACGCUGCGUAUGAGCGAUGCGAGCAGAGUGGGCCGCGUAGCGACAUGACAGCCGCAUAGCUAAGGGCUCAGACAAUUGCCCAGGACAACUGGAUAACUGUACGUAGUAGAUAUGUGUAAGGGCGGGUGGUGGUGGUACUAUAUACGCGAUAUACGGAUCGUGUUAAUGAUAGCUAUAACUAAAUAAAAUAUGCCAUGACCGGGCAUCGGGGAUAUUGCGAGGUAUAGUGGUAUAGCAAUCGUAUCGUACAUUUAUGGAGUAGCAUAUGAUAUGAAUAUAUGUUGUAUACAUUUAGGGGCUAGUUCUGUGUUUAGCUGCGAUUUUUGUAAAGCUUUGUUGUUGAACCCUGACGAUGUUGCUGUCUGUUUUGAUACGUACGAGUAUGUGAAGCAUUACGAUACAGUAUACAUACAUACAUAAAUACCUACAAUAUAUAGAACUCAACUAGAUUUAUCAAUACUUUAAAGUGAAAAGUAAAACUGCUGUCUACAUAAUAAUAUUCUUAGCAAAUAACAAACAGACACUCGAUAGUUGGAUUUGAUGUGGCCUGUAAAUAGAAUGGGUUUGAAUAUGGUACUACCCGUAGCUAGUGUUUUAUACGGUAAACAAUAUACAUACACAUAUGUAAACUCUGUCAGUCAUUCAUCAUUAUCAUCAACCUGCAGCAGUCAAUAUUCCAUUGCUCUUUUUUUGGUUGUUGCUAUUUAAGCUCUAUAAAGUUCUUGGCCGCCUCCAUUAAAAAGAAUUAUUAACCGCCUUAACAAUGUUUAUUUCUCAUGCAUAUUCCUUCUCUCUUUUGAUUUUUAAUUAUAUUUUAAUGUGUAUGCAAACGUUCGGUCCCGGUCGGGCAUGUCCUGUCACGGCCUCUUCAGGCCUUAUCCACAGACAACAGAAAUGGCCAAACGAAAUGAACUCAUUUAACACUCUCAAGCGAAAUAUUAUUGUUAAUUUAUUUCACAGUUUACCGUUUCGUUUGGAGGCGCGAAAACAAUUACGGUUUCAUUAUCCAUUAUGCGUUCUGCAUUUCAAUUGUUGCCACACACUUCUCACAUAGCCGUAGGGGGGAGAUCUCCGGCCAGCAGCCAUAUUCUCGCCUCGUUUCAACAGGUUUCAUUGCUAUCACAGUAUCCCGAUUAGCAUUUCUGUUUUUCUGUAUAUAUCGUACAACCAACAACUUAAAACUCAAUUAACGUAAUUAAAUACUAACAGUACAUAUCAAUAUGAACACCUAAACAAAGUUUACACACAAAACCAAGUUCUUACAAAUGCCCCUGCUCGAAUCUUUUGUAUAUAGUUCUUUAUAUAACAAUAUACAACGAUAUAUAAUAAUAUGUCUGACAUAUAUACAACAAUUAUGAUAUGAAACCAUUAGCUAAAUUGAACUGUAUAUUGAUUGAAACUUCAGUUGAGCCUUAUAUAAAAUAUGUAAAGAAAGAAAAAAACUAUUGUAAAUAGUAUGGGGGGGGAAAAAUCAGAGGACGAGUAUGUGUCAGGUGAAAAACAACAACACCUGUGUGAAUGAAAAUUCUAUGAAUAUUAAUUGAGUGUUUGGCACACAGACACACACUCACUUACACUCACACUCACACUCAUACUAACACUCACACACACAGUAAAACACUCUAAGCCUAAGCUUGACCAUUUGACAGAAGAGAGCAAUAACUUUUUGUCACAUACUUUGUGGCGGAAAAGUGUGAAAAAUGUGCGCAUAACGAAAAUGGUCACAAUCAUGAAAAAAUGUCUUCCUUAAUGCAUAUACACGGCGAUAUGUAUUAUGUUUAUAUACAUAAAUUAAAUAUAAUAUAUAUACAUACAUAUAUACCUAUACAAUAUACAAUAUCUGGCAAUACCCUAGCCUGCGCUUCAGUUAAACAAAUGAUAAUGUAAUAUAUAGAACAUAUAUGUAUGUACCAAGGGGCUAAACCAUAUCAUUAUCGAAUAUCCUUGCAAAUUAUACCACUGUUGACACAAAACUAAGAACUAAUCCCAGCAUAUCUAAGCAAAAAUAUACCCUUAACAAAUUAUACAUAUUAAUAAACAAAACUAAAAUAUACAUACAGUACGAGUCAAGUUAUAAACGUUAGAGAGCAUUGGCAACUACUUUAAUAGUCUCUAGAGAAAGCAACGCUUUAACCUUAAAAUAUAGAAAUAAAUUAAAACUAGCAAGAAGUGUGUAAAGUCUAUUGAGAACCUGCUUAAGAAAUAUUCUAGCUAAAUAUUAGACGAAUUUAAAUCUAUCCAACAGCCAGGCCAGCCACAAAAAAAAAAAAAAACAGCCGCUGUCAGAGGCAAAGUGACAAAGAAUGAGAGGGGAAACUGUAUCUUUAGGAUUAUGGGAAUAAGCGGAGUUGCUUGCCACUGCAACUGAGCUCAUUUGCUGUGCAAUUGCAUAUCGUUUUAAUGGCCACUACGAAUAUAUCGUUAUCAGAUCAGUUGGGGGUAUAUCGGAGUCCACUCGAGUGUAUUGUUUCAACCCCUCACUCGGAGUGCGGCACAAGACAAAGCGUAGCUACAAUGUAAAGUACCGUUGAAGUAAAUAAAUAACAAUAGAAAUGAAGAAAAGAAAACGUAACGAAACGAAAAAGAAAGAAAAUUACAAAAUAGACAGCAUUAAUGUAAAAAGCAAAAAAAAAAAGACAGAAAGAAAAUAUAAACUAGCACACAAAUACGAAUCCCUAGCAUGGAUGCAUAAAAAGUAGCAUAAACUUAAAAUCAGAGCAGAACUCUGGCCAUUAUGCAUGAGGAAUACGAAGAACGAAAACUUAAGUUGAAACCUAAUCAACAGUAAAUAGGAUCUACAUAUACGAUAUGUUAGGAAUACAUUUUGUGGGCUUUAUGUUAGCGUACAUGUAUGUAUAUGUGUGUGUGUAUGCAACCAACUGAAGUACAUGGAUAAAGUUAAAUAUAAUAUAUAAAAAAUAAACUAUGAAAUAAAGCUAAACAGAAAUGUGAAACCAAGCGAUAUUUGUAAUAAAAAUAAAGAAAAUAGUAAGUGACAACAACAAGAACAACAAAAUAUAGAAAGUAAAAUUAAA